GUCGUCUAUUUCAAGACCCCACGCUCACACCCCUCAUCUAACCCCAUUCUCAACUUCAGAUCCGGGAGACUACCCAGAACGCCGUCGUUUCCAUGGCUUCCAGCGACAAAACACCCCAGGGCGUGCCGACCAGCGAAUCACAUACGCCCGGAACGCCGAUGAAGGCUGGGCAGUACGUGCUGGACAAAGGAGCCCAGAUGUUGCAGAGUCUGAAGCCGGUGAAGCAAAUGAAGCAGCACGUUUGCACCUUCGCUCUCUAUAGCCACGACAUGACUCGCCAGAUCGAGACUCACCACUACAUCACUCGUCUCAACCAGGACUUCCUCCAGUGCGCCGUUUAUGAUUCCGACAACUCCGACGCUCAUCUUAUCGGGAUUGAGUAUAUUGUGUCUGAUCGUAUUUUCGAAGCUCUGCCGCCUGAGGAACAGAAGCUGUGGCACUCCCACGCUUAUGAGAUCAAAUCAGGGAUGUGGGUGAAUCCCGGGGUUCCAGAGAUGAUCCAGAAACCGGAACUCGAAAAUAUUGCCAAAUCCUAUGGCAAGUUUUGGUGCACAUGGCAAGUCGACAGAGGUGACAGGCUUCCACUGGGAGCACCGGCACUGAUGAUGUCGCCACAGGCAGUGAACUUGGGGAUUGUGAGGCCGGACUUGGUACAGAAAAGGGAUGACAAGUACAAGAUAUCCACCGAUUCUCUGAAGCCAUUAAGGCUGGAGAUUCCGGAGCCGGAGUGGAUCAAUCCUAAUGCCGACUACUGGAAGCAGUCUUUUGGCAAGGGUUUUGCUCUUGACAUCGAGCCCACUGAGAUGAAGUUAAGGGCACCGUUUCCAUGAACAUAUAUAAGUAAAUGUCUGUUUGUAUGUACGUAGGGUAUGAUAUAAACAUUUGCAGUACAUGCAUGUGUUCUGUUUGGAGUGUGAUUAUAUGGGUGUAUAAUGUAAUGUUUUGUACGUACGUAUAUCCUGAAGGUUAUAUACUAUGAUACUAUAGCGGUCUAUGUCGUAGAAUUAUCAUGA